CACCCAUCCAACCCUGGCCCCCCCCCCGGGGAUGGGAGGACUCAGCCACGGCUAUAAAUGCACAGAGGAGCUGCGCACCACAGCCCUCCCUUCCCCGCUCCCGGAUCCUGCCCUGCUCCAGCGCCCAGCUCACAGCCAUGGCAGCCCCUCUGGACCAAGCCAUCGGGCUCCUGGUGGCCACUUUCCACAAGUAUUCGGGCAAGGAGGGUGACAAGAACAGCCUGAGCAAGGGCGAGCUGAAGGAGCUGAUCCAGAAGGAGCUGACCAUCGGGCCGAAACUGAAGGAUGCGGAGAUCGCGGGGCUGAUGGAGGACCUGGACCGCAACAAAGACCAGGAGGUGAACUUCCAGGAAUACGUCACUUUCCUGGGUGCCUUGGCCAUGAUCUACAACGAGGCCCUGUUGCAGUACAAGUAGGGCUGAGCCCCCCCCUCCCAACGGCCUCUAAGGGGUCCAAUAAAACUUUUUGUAAAGA